AUGAGUGAUCAAUCAGCAUCAGUAGCUUUCAAUUUAUCAAUAAAAGGUACUACGAUUCAGCCGGGACCGAUUUCUUCACGUCCAUCAAGCGCACGAAGUAAUUCUCAGCAACACCAACAACAACAGACGACGCCUUCAAGAGAAGGUAGUGCAAAAGAACGAAAACCAAGUGUCAGUUCAAGUGUUAAUUUAAGUAAAGCGAGACAAAGACGCCUUAGCAAUAGUAGCCAACGAUCUCUGACAGCAUCACCUCAAAUUCAUGAUAGAAAAUCAUCACGAUCAUCAACAGCAUCGAGUGUGUUCCAUGUGUUAACUCCACGUCGUCAUCAGGCGGAAUCAUUCUUUACCGAACAGAGUCAGCAGAAAUCUGUAGAAGGAAAAUCUGAUGACGGAGAUGAUUGGGACGAAACUCGUCGAUGGGUAAAUGAACUGGAUCAAACAAAUUUAUCUGUGCCUUCAGAACAACAUCACCCUCAAGAUGUAGGACCACUGGGUAUGUCACGCGACAGCCUAAAUGGAACCAUCAUGGGAGCAGAUUUAUUUCAACCAGUUGAUCAUCAACGUGAGCAACAUGUGUCACCUUUCGAAUCUGUCAACAUUGAUAAUCGAACAACGCCUGUCGAAAGGUCCUCGUCACCCGCUCGACAAUCUCAUCAAGAUGAAUCGCGUAUAGAAAUUGAAGAGAGUAGACUUGAAGAACAGUCGACCGUAUUCGAACAAGACAAACUUCCAGAAAAUCAACCAAAAUUACCACGAGUACCAUCACCGACAGCAACUCCGCGUGAGGAAAAAAGAAAUGCGAGUACCAAUAAUAGUCGGCGAUCAUCAACUAGUAGCGUAGCAAGAAGUCGUCGAACGCCUCGACAAUCUCCGUUACCACCUUCCGUUCAUAUCGACGAAAAAAUUAGAUCGGUCAGCUCAGCAUCUACGUCAACAUCGUCAUCUACAUCAACAUUAACAUCCAAAGUUACAUUAGAUGAUGUCUAUGAAUCAUUGAAAAAAUUAGAAGAAGUUGAGCAAUUUCCUGUCCAACCUCAACUACAAGAUGAUUCGAUUUAUCUCAUUGAUCCAUCAGCAUCAGCACCACCGCCGUUUAUUGAUGAUCUUCCACUGCACACUUCACACCAUACCAACUCUGCCUUAUCUAGCCGUGAUGAGACUAAUCAAUAUGAUAUUAUUGUUGCAAGUGUUCGUUCUAAAAAAUUUAGUACUCAUCGUACUCCUUCACCAUCGCCACGGACGGCUCGUUCCAUUGCUUCCUCACAAUCGAACCGUCGGCAACAGCCAGUGAAAGUACUGCAAAGUGUCUCUCUGCCUCACAAUCGAAUGUCAUCAACCAUUGAACAACGAAUAAAAGAAACUAAACCAUACAAAUCAUUGAUAGCUGAUACAAGUUCUAGGUCUCAUCAUGAAGAUGGACUUCGAACUAGUAAUUUUUUUCAAGACAGUGGAGACAAUAAUCUACAAGCAAGAUUAGAGCACGAAUCCAACCAACGUCAACCGUUAGUGCAGAGUUAUCGAUACGGGAAAGCAACACAACGAAACUUUGACUGUGAUUUAGAAGUACAAAAGAGUGAAUAUGAAGCGACUAUUCAACGUCAUUUAAAUUUCAUUGAUCAGUUAAUGGAAGAUAAGAGGAAAAUCUCUGAACGAUGUGAAUUCUUAGUGAAUGAAUUGAAAUCUAUCGAUGCAAAAUAUCGUGAUCAAAUACGACUUCUUGAAGAAUCUCAGAAAGUAGAAAUGCAGAAGUUGAAAGAUGUCCAUGAAGCUGCCGAAAAGUUACGUCGUGAACGUUGGAUCGAAGAGAAAACAAAAAAAAUCAAAGAGCUGACUGUUCGUGGAUUAGAACCUGAAAUUCAAAAGCUGAUUAGUAACCACAAGACUGAGCUAUCAAAAAUGAAAGCGAUUAAUGAUGCAGAAUUAUUAGCAGCUGAUGAACGGGCUGCUCAACGUUACAUUCGAAUGACAGAAGAGCUACGUGAUCAAUUGGAACGUGAGAAAGAGGUUGCUAUUGCACGAGAACGCGAGUUAGCACGAGAAAAAUAUGAAAAAUCCUUACGCGACGAGGAGAAAUCUUACAACGAACAGAAACGUCGACUUUAUGCUGAAAUCGAAGAAGAAAAGAAUCGACAAGCAGAUAUAGCAGCUAAACAGCGAGCAGAUAUUGAUAAGCUUCGUCGUGAUAUCGAAGAAAAUCAUCGAAGAGUUGUUGAAGUCAGCAAACGUGAAUAUGAGUCGAUUCGUCUCGAGCAAGAACAACGAUAUGCGAAUGAAAUUCAAUCAUUGAAAGAGAAAUUAGAAAUAGAAAAACAAAACUGGGAAGAAAAUUACAUGAAACAACAAGAGACAUUGUUUGCAAGUAGAGAACGACAAUUACGAGAACAGAUGAAACAAGAACGAGACUUAGAAAUUGAGAAAAUUAUCACUCGAUUCGAAGCUGAAACAUCAUCGACGAAAGAAGAAGCAGAACGUAUUGCAGAUAAUCGUGUCAAUCGUCUCCGCGAUAAAUACGAAACCGAUAUUCAUGAAUUAGAAAAUUCGGAACGACAGAUGAAAGAACGUUAUAAUCAAAUCAAAGCGCAACUAACCGAAGUCGAAGGCGAUAGAGACCGAUUACAAAUCCUACUGAAACAAAAAGAAACAGAGAUCAUUGAUAUAAAAAAGAUCACUGAUAGUUUACAACAAGAACGUGAACGUUUAUCGGACAUCAUUCGACAAGAAUUUGCUGACCGACUUGUUUUAACUGACGAUGAAAAUCGUCGAAUCAAAGGUGAAAUAGCCGAAUUACGCGCUCGACAGCAAUUGGAAUUAGAAAAGAAGAAUGAAGAAAUUCAAACAUUGAAACAAACACAUGACAAAGAAAUUCAAUCGAUUCAAGACAAAAUCAAACAAGCAGUGGCGAAAAAGGAUGAAAAAGUUCAUGAAUUGCACGUGAAAUACGAAACUGCUCUUAAACGAACGCAACAUCUCGAAGGGUUAUUAGCACAACAGCAAAAAUUGCUUUCAACAGUUCCGACAAGUGUUCGUAAUGCAACAAGAAAAGUACAACCUUCGUAA